AUGAAAAUUGAUUUUUUUUAUUUCUUAUUUGAAAAUAAAAUUUCUUAUAUUUCUUGUAUGAAAAUAUGGAUGUAUAUAUCUAUACAUGAAAAUCUAAUUUUCUAUACUUUCUGUCUGAAAAUAUGGGUGCAGAUCCUAGGAUUAGCUCUCUUGAUAAUUUUUUUUUCUGGCAUUUGGAGAUGGUCACUGUGGGUAUUGCCAAUGUCCUUUCCCAAGACAGAAGAGGGGCAUUCCCUUCCUUCCAGGUGCUAUCCUGCAUUUAUUGUUUGUAGAUUUUUGAUGGUGGCCCUUCUGACAGGUGGGAGUUGA